GCCUCGCCUCCCUCGUCGCCGACGCGCGUCAUGGCGGGGUCGGUCGUCUCCUCCACAGACGGGGGGGAAGCAGCUUUCCUUUCCCCUCCUCCCCUCGCGUCCCCGCGCCGUUGCCGCGCUUGAGGCAGAAGCUCCGUUGAGGCGGAGGAAGCCACGGGGAGGGAGGGGGGGGAACGGGGAGAAACAACCGAGCCGGCGGCGGGGAGGGAAACGAGGCUCCCCUCCCCGUGAUUGAUUCCCUACUUGCAGCCCUACAUGUAUAUAAAUAUAUAUAUUUAAUUUUUUGGGGGUGGAAAUUCCGCGAUGCGAUGGGUUAGGCGGCUCGCAGCUGAGCGGAGAGCAGCCGAGCGAGGCGACCACGAGAGGCGGCGGCGGCGGCGGCGAGGCCUUGCUUGGGCGCGGGCGGCGGAAGCAGCAGCAGCAGCAGCAGCCGCCGCCGCUAGUGGCGGCGUCGCCGGAGGAAGACGAGGAGGGAGCCGCCGGAGGGAGCCGUUCUUCCCCGCGGUCCCCUCCAUGGACAGCGGGUCGGAAUUAUGAGCCGGCUGGAGCCGCUGGCGCCCGGGACUCGCCCUCGGGGGGCUCUUCCUCCUCCCAACCUGCGCUUCAGGGGCUCAGCGGGGCUUUUCUCGCCUCACCACCACCACCGUCGUUAUUACUACUUCUUCAGCACACGACGCCGCGACGCUUCGCCCCCUCAGCCCGCGCUCCCCGCCGCCUCGCCUGGGCUCCUCCGGCCCGGGGGUCAGGCGGCGCCCGCCUCUCUGGCCCAAACCAGGGGGCGCCUCCGGCCGGUGUGAACCCCCCGCCCUGUCGUCCCUUACUCCCCCCUUGCUCUUCGGGUUUUGUGCCGCUCCUUGCCUCUGUCUCACCCCUCCAUUUUAGUGCGUGUUUUCCCUCCUCAGCUCAUCCCUCUCCCUCAAUCCCCCCUCAAACCCUUCCGCCCUCGCCAGCGAGCAGGUGACGGGGGUUGUGUGAGUCCCGAAGGGGGGAACCCCUCGUUAUCCCCCCCGCCCGCUCCCCCACCCGAGGACGCUCCCCACCCCCAGGAUGCCGAUGGAUUAAAAAACGAAGCGUAUUGAUUUGUAUGUAUUGCUCCCGGCGGCGGCUGCUGCUGCCGCUGCCUGCGCUCCUCCUGCCGCCGCCUGAGUUCGCCGCUCCAGCCACCAAACAUGUCGGCUCCUGCUGGGCCCCGGGGCGGCCCUGCUCCUCCUCAGCCUCCUCCACCUCAGGCCGAGAUGCCCGACCUCAGCCACCUCACGGAGGAAGAGCGGAAGAUCAUCCAGGCCGUCAUGGACCGCCAGAAGAAGGAAGAGGAGAAGGAGCAGUCCGUGCUCAAGAAAUUACAUCAACAGUUUGAAAUGUAUAAAGAGCAGGUGAAAAAGAUGGGUGAAGAAUCACAGCAGCAGCUGGAGCAGAAGGGUGAUGCUCCAACCUGUGGUAUUUGCCACAAAACAAAAUUUGCCGACGGCUGUGGCCAUAAUUGUUCAUAUUGCCAAACGAAAUUCUGUGCACGUUGUGGGGGAAGAGUGUCUUUACGCUCAAGCAAGGAGGAUAAAGUGGUAAUGUGGGUAUGUAACUUGUGCCGAAAACAACAAGAAAUCCUCACAAAAUCUGGAGCUUGGUUUUAUAACAGUGGAACAAACACACCCCAGAAGCCUGAUAAAGAAGGGUUUAGAGUGCUGCGGAACGAGGAAGCACCUAAGGAGAAAAUAGCAAAGCUUCAAGAGCAGUCUUUAUCAGCAUUGGAACGAGGCAGAUCUCAAGGGCUCACAAGGCAAGACUCCAUCAACGGCUCAGGAGGGAAGCAUCAGGUGCCAGGUGACACGACAGACAGAAAAAGAAGCCCAUCAGUAUCCAGAGAUCAGAACAGAAGGUACAGCCAACGGGAGGAGAGAGACGACUAUUCACAGAAUGCAACAUCAGACAGUGCAAUGCCAAGGUCACCAUCAGAUUAUACGGACAGGCGAUCGCAGCAUGGGCCUCAGUUAUAUGAAGAACCUGACCUUGAUGACUACAGAGAUUCUAACAGGAGAAGUCGUAGGCGUUCAAGGGAAUACUCUUUAGAAGAAGAUGUACAGAACAGAGAGGAAUAUGAGAGGCAGCGGCAGGAAGAAGAGUAUCAGGCACGAUAUCGAAGUGAUCCUAACUUGGCUCGUUAUCCUGUCAAACCACAACCAUAUGAGGAACAAAUGCGCAUUCAUGCUGAAGUGUCUCGAGCACGUCAUGAACGAAGGCACAGUGAUGUGUCUUUGGCAAAUACUGAACUGGAAGAUUCCCGGAUAUCUAUGAUAAGAAUGGAGCGGCCGUCAAGGCAGAGGUCUGCAUCUGAACGCAGAGCUGCCAUGGACCAACGUUCAUAUUCAAUGGAAAGAACUCAGGGACCAAGUCCCAAUCGACAGAGGACCACGAAUCACAGCCCUCCAACACCCAGGAGGAGUCCAAUUCCUUUUGAUAGGCCAGAUUUGAGGCGAACUGAUUCAUUAAGAAAACAGCACCAUUUGGAUCCUAGUUCGGCUGUACGAAAAACAAAACGUGAAAAAAUGGAAACCAUGUUAAGGAAUGAUUCGCUAAGUUCAGACCAAUCUGAAUCAGUUAGGCCUCCACCACCAAAGCCUCAUAAAACAAAAAAGGGAGGAAAAAUGCGUCAGGUUUCAUUGAGUAGCUCAGAAGAAGAGUUGGCCUCUACUCCAGAAUAUACCAGCUGUGAUGAUGUAGAAAUCGAAAGUGAAAGUGUUAGUGAGAAAGUCUAUCACUUUUUGACAGGGAACAAUCAAAGGGGAAAAAGAAAAACUAGUGAGCAGGCAGUUUUGUCGGACUCUAACAUCUUGUCUGAAAGACAAAAGAAAAUGGUAUGCUUUGGUGGCCACUCUUUGGAAGAGGACUUGGAAUGGUCUGAGCCUCAGAUUAAAGAUUCUGGGGUAGACACGUGUAGUAGCACGACUCUAAAUGAAGAGCAUAGCCAUAUUGAAAAGCAUCCUGUGACAUGGCAGCCAUCCAAAGAUGGAGACCGUUUAAUUGGCCGGAUUUUGUUAAACAAACGACUCAAAGAUGGAAGUGUGCCUAGAGAUUCAGGAGCGAUGCUUGGACUGAAGGUUGUAGGAGGAAAGAUGACUGAAUCAGGCCGACUCUGUGCAUUUAUCACCAAAGUAAAAAAAGGAAGUUUAGCUGAUACAGUGGGACACCUUAGACCAGGUGAUGAAGUAUUAGAAUGGAAUGGGAGGUUUUUGCAAGGAGCCACCUUUGAAGAAGUGUACAAUAUUAUUUUAGAAUCUAAACCAGAGCCACAAGUAGAACUUGUAGUUUCACGGCCAAUUGGAGACAUUCCCAGAAUACCUGACAGCACACAUGCACAAUUGGAGUCCAGUUCUAGCUCUUUUGAAUCUCAAAAAAUGGACCGGCCUUCUAUUUCAGUCACUUCCCCAAUGAGUCCUGGCAUGUUGAGGGAUGUUCCACAGUUCUUGUCUGGACAACUUUCAAGCCAAAGCCUUAGUAGAAGAACAACGCCUUUUGUUCCUAGGGUUCAGAUAAAAUUGUGGUAUGACAAGGUUGGUCACCAGUUGAUAGUCACAAUAUUGGGAGCAAAGGAUCUUCCUUCAAGGGAAGACGGAAGGCCAAGAAAUCCUUAUGUUAAAAUUUACUUUCUUCCUGACAGAAGUGAUAAGAACAAAAGAAGAACAAAAACGGUAAAGAAAACUUUGGAACCCAAAUGGAACCAAACAUUCAUUUAUUCUCCAGUUCAUCGGAGAGAAUUUCGAGAACGAAUGUUGGAAAUUACUCUUUGGGACCAAGCACGUGUUCGUGAGGAAGAAAGUGAAUUUUUAGGGGAGAUUCUUAUUGAAUUAGAGACUGCACUGCUGGAUGAUGAGCCUCAUUGGUACAAACUUCAGACACAUGAUGUCUCUUCAUUGCCACUUCCCCAUCCUUCCCCAUACUUGCCACGCAGACAGCUACAUGGAGAGAGUCCCACACGAAGACUGCAAAAUAAAGGCUUGUAUUCAUAUAAUUCAGGGUCCAAGCGAAUAAGUGAUAGUGAAGUCUCAGACUAUGAUUGUGACGAUGGAAUUGGAGUAGUAUCAGAUUACCGACAUAAUGGAAGAGAUCUUCAAAGCUCAACACUAUCAGUGCCAGAACAAGUGAUGUCAUCUAAUCACUGCUCUCGGUCAGGUUCCCCUCACCGUGGAGACAGUAUAGGACGGACCAGGUCAUGGUCUCCCAGUGUUCCUCCUUUACCAAGUAGGAAUGUGGAACAGGGGUCUCGAGGGACCCGAUCUACUCCUGCACAUUACAAUACCAUGAACCGAAUGGAUAGACAUCGAAUAAUGGAUGACCACAACUCCCCAGACAGAGAGAGUCAUUAUCACACUCUGCCUUGGUCCCAACACACUCAGUCCAUUGGCGCCCAUCAUAGAGAUGCAAGCAAGGAUCGCUCAAUGUAUCCUAUCUUUUGUGAAGAUGCAAUCAGAUUGCUUCGAUCCCGUACGAUGUGCCGUACCUAUUCUGAGGGUGCUUACUAUGAAUUUGAGAGGAGGAGUAGGCAGGAGGGAAGAGUGCCUAAAACAUAUUUUGAUGACACUGAUACUUCCCCCACUCCUGAAAGGUAUUACAAUGGUGCAUAUUCAUGGGCAGAUCAUGUAGUCAAUGGUUCAGCUGAAAAUUAUGGCAAAGUCCCAGUAGGUAGUAGAAGAAUAGCAUAUCCAAGGAUUGAAAUACAGCAACCUUCCACAGAUACUGACAGAAGUGAAUCAGUGGAUGUUUUGGCAGAUCAAGCUUCCUAUUCAGAAAGUGAAUUUAUAGAGCCAGAAGAAAACAUGAGGAAAUGGGAACCUAGACUACCCUAUCAAAGAUCCAGAUCAACAGAACAACGUCCUGUGCUAGAGCGGACCAGCCCCCGCUCUCGAUCCACUGAGCGUCCUGACUCAAACCUCAUGAGAUCGAUGCCUUCAUUAAUGACUGGAAGAUCUGCCCCUCCCUCACCUGCCUUAUCGAGGUCUCAUGCUCGCACGGGGUCUGUCCAAACAAGCCCAUCAGGUACUCCAGUAGCAGGACGCAGGGGGAGACAGUUGCCACAACUCCCACCAAAAGGGACACUGGAAAGAAAUUAUGAGGAAAAGCAUCAUGUAUCUCUUAAUGGAAAAAAAGAAGUUACUUGGGAAGACCAGCAGAAAAAGGUGAAUGGUACAAUAACUGAUGACAAAUCAUUGCCGAAAAAGAAACAUCAUACUGAGCCAGAAGAAGUGGAUACAUCAAGGAGAAGAAACCCAGUGCCAGAGAAUGGGGAUGAAGGUGCUAUGGACGUAGAAGAGAGAAAUCACCAAAUGAAAAUGAGCAAGUACAAACAGGUAGCAGGAUCAGAUUCAAGGCUGGAGCAAGAUUAUCAUUCUAAGUAUCGGUCAGGGCGAGAUCCUCAACGAGGCUCUGACAAUGUCUCCAACAAGUCUUCCGACAGUGAUGUAAGUGAUGUGUCAGCAGUAUCGAGGACCAGUAGUGCGUCUCGCUUCAGCAGCACUAGCUACAUGUCUGUUCAAUCAGAACGACCGAGAGGGAACAAGAAAAUUAGAAAAUCAAGUGAGGAAAGAAAACAGGGAGGGGAGGAAGGGGAGGAGGAGGUUUUUCCUGAGGAGGUACUUCCUGAGGAGGUAUUUGCUGAGGAGAAUCAAGAAGAGGAAGAGGUGGAGAAACAAGAGGUUGAGGAAAUUGUAAAGGAUGAACAAAUUAAUGAAAAGGGAGAAGGGGAAGGGGAAAAGGAGGCAGAAAAAUGUGAUAAAGAGGAAAACAAAGAAUCAGAAGAAGAUAAAAGGGUUCAAGAUAAUCAAACUGAGGAAACAGCAAAAACAAGCGAUAAAGAGGACUUGCAAGAUGACCUCAGUGUCUUUACAUCUAAAAUGCAAAGCAGACAGAUGGGCGUUUCCGGAAAGAACAUAACUAAGAGCACCAGCAUCAGUGGAGAGAUGUACACAAUUGAGAAGAAUGAUGGCAGCCAAUCAGACACAGCGGUGGGCACUGUGGGGACAGGAGGAAAAAAGCGACGCUCCAGCAUUGGUGCAAAGAUGGUAGCCAUUGUGGGUCUUUCACGAAAAAGCAGAAGUACCUCACAACUCAGCCAAACAGAAGCAGGUGGGAAAAAGUUAAAAAGCACAGUCCAAAGAAGCACAGAAACUGGGUUGGCUGUGGAAAUGAGAAACUGGAUGACACGUCAAGCCAGCCGGGAAUCCACAGAUGGCAGCAUGAACAGUUACAGCUCUGAGGGGAAUUUGAUCUUUCCUGGUGUGCGGUUGGGUGCAGACAGCCAGUUCAGUGACUUUCUCGAUGGACUUGGUCCUGCACAGCUUGUUGGACGCCAAACCCUGGCAACUCCAGCAAUGGGUGAUAUCCAGGUUGGAAUGGUGGACAAAAAGGGACAGUUAGAGGUGGAAAUAAUACGAGCUCGAGGCCUUGUUGUAAAACCAGGUUCAAAGACACUGCCAGCACCAUAUGUAAAGGUGUAUCUAUUAGAAAAUGGAGUCUGCAUAGCCAAAAAGAAAACAAAGGUGGCAAGAAAGACGCUGGAGCCUCUUUACCAGCAGCUGUUGUCAUUUGAAGAGAGUCCCCAAGGGAAAGUUUUACAGAUCAUCGUGUGGGGAGAUUAUGGACGUAUGGAUCACAAAUCCUUUAUGGGAGUGGCACAGAUACUUUUAGAUGAACUGGACUUGUCCAAUAUGGUAAUUGGCUGGUUCAAACUGUUUCCCCCUUCAUCCUUAAUAGAUUCAACUUUGGCCCCUCUUACAAGAAGGGCUUCCCAGUCGUCUCUUGAAAGUUCAACGGGACCUUCUUAUGCUCGCUCAUAGCAGCUAUGAAACUGGUGUUAUAACAACCAGCGUUACAAAAAUUUUUAAAAAAUCAACAGAUCGCGAACCCUGGUAACACUGCAUGCUUAAUGUUGUGUCUUCAGAGCCUGUUUCUAGGGCUAUAAAGCGAUCCUGUGUUCUCAGAGGAAGUUGCACACAUUGUGCUCUAAAGGAAGUCCUCAGGUGAAGGAGUGGAGCUGGAAGAACUGAAUGGUUUGGAGUUCAGUGACACUCGAGUUUUAGUCCAAUCUGAAGCCAUGGAUUCAACUAAAAGAAACAAGCUGUCUCAUGCAACAAGAGUCCCUUUCAAUGGCACAUCUAUUUUCUUGCUCCCUUUUCUUUAUCUGCCCCUUUUACCCACCCUCUACCCACACCCUGUCAAAGCCUGGUUAUGCCACAGACACGGAGCUACUCCGAGAAGCCAUUCUGCAAGUCAGUGGAAAGAUGGAAGAAAAGAGGGCCAUUAAAGGAAAACCAGCUGUCACUACAGUUGCUCGAAAGCAGAGGAAACGCGCCUUAUAGAAAGUUUGAAGACUUACGGCAGCAGGCUUCAUAACUCCAGCUACUGCUAGAGUCAAAUCCAGUGUGUGGACUCUGAAAAAUUAAAACAAAAAUUCUGUGGCUGUACUGUACUGUAUGAAAUUAAAGAAACUUUUUUGCAUGGACACAGAUUAUGCUGAACACUUAAAAUUAUUUUCUUGGGGCUGCAACUUGCAAAAAAAAAGAAUAAAUCAGCCAUUUUCAACAAUUUAUAUUAUUUUUAAAAAUAAAUUUCACUAGUGCAUGGUUUUAAAAGGGGAGAGAAUGCAACAGAGUGAUACGACGCACCACGUUUCUCAUUCUUUAAACCAAUUAUGGUCUGUGUUUUUGCAGACAUCAAUGAAAAAUAAAUAAUUUCUAGCAAAUAUUUAAAAAUUAUGUUUAUGUGACAAGAAAUAAGUGUAAUAUAUUAAAUUUAUUUAAAUGUAAAAGGUCAAGCCUUGUAAAGUUCAACAAAUAUGUUCAAAAUUGUACACUUAUUUUCCCCCUCUUGUCUGUUCCUUCCUCCUUUUGCCCUCUCAUUUCCUUCCUACCUCCCAGGAUGAUCAUAAUACUCUGACCCUGCUACUUUUUGACUUACUACCCUCAUGCCCCACAUUUGGUUCAGUGUUGCAGAUAAUUCUGCAUUUCUGAAUUCUUUGAGGAAAACUAUUGUUCAAGAACUUUUUUCAAGCAUGUUGAAAAGAAUUUUGCAACAUGGCUUGGGGAGUACAUUACAAUAAUUUAGCAUGUAUUUGAUAAAAAAAAUUGAACUUUUUGCAGUUAAUUGUACAGUGCAUGGAAACUUUCUUUUUUUCUCACCAAAUUAAAUUCUAUAGCAAAAUACUGGAAUCAUGUGGCCAUUUGUAAAAUGUCUUCAAUAAAUUUGUUUUCAGCACCAGCAUCAUUCAUUCAAAAGUCAAGCUAUUAUUUCUGGAAGGUCUUGAAGAAAUGGCAACAGUCUUUCUAAAUUUCAGCAUCUUUCCACUUGCGCUGAACCAAAUUGCUACCCAUUUCAGAAUCCAAACAAAAAGAGCAAUUACGCUGAAAUGCGUAAGAUGGGAAAUCAGUGAAUAUAACCCUGAUGUUAAAUGUCAAAACUUGGACAGGAAUCCUAUCCUUACUUAAGUUUUAAAUUAGAGUUACUUACAUGCUCUUAAUAGUGAUUAAAAUUUAAGACCGUUAAAAGCCUCAAAUAAAAUACAUGCAACUUAUCUUUGACACCAUUACAUUAUUAUUUUGACACCAAACAAAAAUCUGUUAGGUGGUUUUAGCAUCACUGAAUGGAGGGUGGAAAUGUGGGAUCCUCUAAAUCCAGAUUUCUCAAUACCUCUGAUGAAAAGGAAUGUAAUCUGUUAAUGUUUAAACAGACCAUUGUCCCCUUCCCAUGUUGUUAGAUGCCUUUAAUUACGUACCUAUUAUGUAAGGUUGAAGCAUUGCAAUAAUUUGUGAAUUUGUUUAAAUUAAGACUAUACACAAAAAUAUUCUGGUUUUAUGUGAAAAAUCGGUAAUAUUUUCCCCAGAUUUACAUGCAUCGUAGAGGGGGAAUAAAUAACAAUAGGCGACUCUUUUAAUGCCUUUUGCAGUGUGAUAUGAUAAAUCAUUACUGAGAAUAGUCCACAAAGGCUGUCCAGAAACCCUGCACACGCACCAUUGAAAUGAUGAGGGUUAUGCAGCUCCAGUGCCUGGUGAAAUUGCACCCAAACAACUUCAUCUAGAGCUUCAUGUAUUCCCUGGUGAUGCCAUGUGACUAUGGAACUGCCUCCUCCAUUGGUUUGAAUGGAGAAGCUGUCUCUCAUGGGAGUUGCACAUGCGUACCAGAGUUCUAACACCCACAGAAUUUGCCUUUUCUCUAUGUGAUUAUGUAUAAGGGUGGGUGUUAAUGAACACCAAUAAAAUAUGGUUGAACUAAUUGUAUAUGAGCAACCAAUGAAUACUAAAGAUAUACCCUUGCAUUACUCCCCCCACCCCACCCCCUGGAAUAAAACAAUUUUUUACAUGUGUUACUCUGUUCCUGAUACUGUGACAUGCAGUCAUGCAUUCUUUUAUGCAUAUUCCUAUACAAAUUAUUUCUAAUUCAGACAAAGAGGACAUGACCAAAUGGAAGAUCUGUACAUACUUGGUCAAUAUGCAGUAUUUAUUUUAAAAGUUGAUUGUAUUUUUUUUAAUAUUCACAUGUCUGCAACUCUACUUAUACAAUUUAGUCAUGUAAAUAGCACUCUUCCAGUGACCACAGCUGUCUUGUACAUACUCUGUUUUAAAAGUAAAAGGAAUUGAAAUUGGGGGAGAAAGGGGCAGAUUAUGCCUGUUAAUGAACACCAACUAAUGUAAAUCAAAUUCAUUCUGGUGAUGGUAUUUAACACUUUAAAUAAAAAAAUUUCUUUACAAAA